CGCGUCGUCGAUCUAUCCGUUAACCCUAAUCUCUCUCUCUCUCUCUCUCACCUCCCAUCCAUCCCUCUUCUUUCUCUGCAAUUCCUCCGCUCAUCUCAAAUUAGGCGAAUUCACACCUCCUGUUAUUCAAAGAUUUCCUUAAUCUCUUCGUCAAAUUCACCUACCAUGGGGAAACUUAUAUGUGAUUCUACGACGUCGUCUCCGGUUAUCCCAUGGAAAGACCCCACCGCCACCGCCGCCCCCGCCCCAUCACCCAUCACCGCCGUCGAUCUCUCCGACCAGAUCCUCACCACCACAUGGGAUGACGUGUCAGGACUCGAAGACCAACAGAAACGACACCUACAACGCCUCCACACCAAAGGAGUCCUCUGGAAGAAUCAAGAACAGGCGGUGGUGUUCCGGCUUAGCCACGGUGGAGAUGUCGAGGCCGACGGAAACUGCUUGUUCACCGCGUCUCAAAAGGCGAUGAAUCUGAAGGAGAUCAACGCUACAGAUCUACGACGGAGGGCGGUGCGACGGUUUCUUGAAGAUCUUGGAUCUGAUAGAGAAGAUGUCGAUGCGGCGAUUAGACAUAUGUAUGCUCCAGAUCUGAGAUCUGGUUGGGGGAUUCAUGUUGUUCAAGAAGUCAAAUUACUCGCCAAGAAAGUAGAUCGACAGAGUCUUGAUUCAGCGAUCGAUGAGCUCGUUAGUCUCGGUAUGCAGAGAGAAUUGGCUGCAGAGUCUAUUUAUAAAGAGAGAUGUAUUGCUGUGGAGAAUGGUGAAACCUGGGGCAAGUACAUGUUGAUAUCUGGGUCUCCAGAUGAUGAGUAUAACAUCAUAACUUUGCAGUACACAGAGGAAGGUUUAUUGACUGUGGAUGAGAACAGAGAAGGCCAUGCUGCAGCUUUUGGAGAUGAUAUAGCAAUCGAAUGUAUUGCUACUGAAUUCAAAAGAGAAAUCUAUGUGCUGCAGGCGCACGGAUCAGAUGCGAUGGUCGACGAAGAUAAUUGUGUGUUUUUCCUUCCGCAUCGUCCAAGGAGUGAAAUUUGUGGACCGCCAUUCUUUCUGUUCAUGAAAGGAACAGGUUGGUGUGGAGCAGGGGCUGAUCACUAUGAGCCCCUAAUUGCUCAUUCGUCUUCAGUGAUUUCCCAUGAGAAAGUUGCAAUGGUUCUUUGAGAGGUUUUGCAGCAGUUUUGGGUUGGGAUUAGGAGGGGGAGGAUAAUAGGAGGAGGCAUUCUUUUCCAAAUUUUUUGUUUCGGCUUAUUAGAAGAAGAUUGAAUGAAAAUUUUGUUAAGUGUAGUGGUUUAUUGGGCGGCUGUUAUUGUUGUUGUUCAGGGGUAUAGAGUUAAUUGUUGGUCCCGAGGGUUAGUUUUUUUUUUUUUUUUGUAUUGUUUGGUAUCAUUGAUCAGCAGGAAUUGUGCCUGUUUGUUUCUUGUGCCAUAUUUUUUCAUUAUAUGGCUUCUCCUUCUUCAACUGUUAUUUCAUUCUCUCUUUUUCUGC